CACGUGAUGUUUGUUUACUAUCUGGUACACAUGAUCACGUGAGCAGAGAUAUCGACGUUAGGCUGGCUAUAUAAGGAAACCGGCUACGUCCAAACUACACAUCUUGAUAUUUUGUCUCGCUGCGUCAGUGAACGUACAGACAAACAUAUUGCUUUCCGACAAACUUGCAUUGAAACAUCUUUUGUAAAAUUGUAUUACCAACAACGUACAACAUCAAAAUGGCCGAAAGUCAACCACGCCAGAACUUUCAUGCUGAAACCGAGGCUGGAAUCAACCGGCAGGUUAACCUGGAGCUUUACGCCUGUUAUAGUUACCAGUCCAUGUCAUUCUACUUUGAUCGCGAUGACGUUGCUCUGCCAGGGUUUGCCAAGCACUUUAAGGAGAAGUCUGACGAGGAGCGUGAACAUGCCGAGAAGUUCAUGAAGUACCAGAACAAGAGAGGAGGCAGAAUUGUCCUGCAGGACAUCAAGAAACCCGACCGCGAUGAAUGGGGAACUGGAUUGGACGCCAUGCAGGCGGCCUUGACCUUGGAGAAGAACGUGAACCAGUCUCUCCUUGACCUUCACGCCGUUGGUGAUAAACAUGGCGACAAGCAGUUCAUGGACUUCCUGGAGAGUGAAUACCUAGAAGAACAGGUUGAAGACAUCAAGAAGAUCUCCGACCAUAUCACCAACCUGAAGCGUGUUGGCUCCGGCCUCGGCGAGUACAUGUUCGACAAGGAGUCCCUGGAAUAAAAACCUGGAUUGAACUUUAUAAGGACAUCUAACAAUGUAUACAACAAAGGAACUCUGAAUCAAAGCGACAUAUUGAAAACAAAAUUUCACUCCAACGAUUUACAGAAAUGAACAGGAAUUAUAAAGGAAUAUAAGCAAAACGUAUAUAAUAUCUAUUGGCGUUAAUCAAAGGCAAGAAAUAAUGAAAAAUAACCAAUAAAAAAUGCAAGAUAUAUUCAA